AUGCAUCAUUUUUCACCUCAUCAGGGGAAGGAGGUGACGUGGAUUUUGGCCAUGGAUUUGGAAUGGCUGUUGGAGUACUUGAAGGGUAUGUUGAAGCCAACUUUGGCUCUUGUUGUGGUGCUCAUGGCUGUGAUAUUGUCAUACAUGCAGAAGUUGGGUUUGGGCGGUGAAAUGGUUUAUUCAAUCUUCAGAGCUUUUGUUCAGCUCUCUAUUAUUGGAUUUGUUCUUGAGUUUAUUUUCACCCAGAAGAACGUUGGCUGGAUUGUCCUCGCUUACCUUUUCAUGGUUUGUGUUGCUGGUUAUACAGCAGGCCAACGCGCUAAACAUGUCCCUCGUGGGAAGUAUGUUGCAGGAGCCUCCAUUCUGGCUGGAACAGCAGUGACAAUGUUCUUGUUAGUUUUGUUGAAUGUUUUCCCUUUCACUCCACAGUAUAUCAUCCCUGUUGCUGGGAUGAUGGUUGGCAAUGCAAUGACGGUGACUGGGGUUACAAUGAAAAGACUCCGAGAUGACAUCAAGAUACAAAUGAGCCUGGUGGAGACAGCAUUGGCUCUUGGGGCUACUCCCCGUCAAGCAACGCAUCAGCAAGUGAAAAGGUCUCUUGUUAUUGCACUCUCCCCUGUUUUGGACAAUGCCAAGACCGUUGGUCUCAUAUCACUUCCUGGUGCAAUGACUGGCCUUAUAAUGGGAGGAGCUUCGCCAUUGGAGGCCAUUCGGUUGCAGAUUGUUGUAAUGAACAUGCUUCUUGGGGCUUCAACUGUUAGCAGUAUCAUGUCGACAUACCUCUGUUGGCCUGCCUUCUUUACCAAAGCCUACCAGCUAGAAACGAAGGUGUUUAUGUCGGAUUGA